AUGAUGCGCAAGAAGACUUCGUAUGUGCACAUUACGCCCAUACCCUCUUUUAUUCCCCGGCAGCUUGCAAUCGACUUUCUCCAUAGCCACGGCGAGAUUAUCGAGUUGAACCCGCUCGUCACCGGCCAUGAACCCAUCAAGGCACCACGCGACGCUCCUGCCGACGAGUUUUACUCGACAUGGUACGAAAUCUCACAGCGCAUCCAGUACAUUCCCGGCAUUGGCAAGAUGGGCAGCGGCGCCAUCAAGUUUCGCGGCGUUUUUCACGACCUUCCCUUUGGCCUGCAGACUCACACCUACGCCCCUGCCAAUGUAGACCUCCGGAAUAAGUGGCAGAUUUGCGGAAACCAGCCAGGCGAACCACCGGAGCCAAAGGAGCUGGGCUCUUCUGCGCCGCCAGAGGGCCUGUACAUUCGCGAGGACGUCGAGAUCAAGUGCAAUGUCGCCAUGAUUAGCUUUGUCAAGAAGGAGAUGCAGGCCGCAGCCAAGGUCAUGGUCGACCGCCUGGUCAAGAAGGCCGAACUGCUCGACACGGGCGCGCUCCAGGCCAUGAUGGAGAAUGGACGACUCAAGACGGUCAACCCAGCGGACCGCUCUGCCGUGGACCGCAGAUCGCCACACCCGUCCCCGAGCCAGCCAUACAGCAUGCCAGUGUCGCCCCGCCAGUCGCCAUCUUUUCCACACCGGCAGAGUCUAAGCUACGCGCAGCCAGACCAGCAGUACGCGCCUCCAGUUCCGCCAAAGGAGCUUCUCGGCCAGAACAACGUCGUCAUGGAGUUGCCAGGCGACUUUUACCACCCACAGCCGUCGCCAUCCCACACAACCGACAAUCGUGCCUCGUAUGUUUCCGAUGUGUCGCAGCCGUCUCCUCGGAUGCAUGACGCGCGCUGGUCAACAGCAUCACAGAGCACAGUGUCAACGCGCCCGACGUCUUAUGCCCCGUCGGAUGGCAUGCGGUCGCCGCCGCUCGAUGGAAAGGCAUUUGCGUCGGAGCUGCCAACGAUGAAGGAGACGAAGGAAGAGCACAGCAUCAGGCAAAAGGGACAGCCGCACUACUCUUACAACCCGCAGGACUUUGCGAGGACGCAGUACCCAGGCUACUGA